AGGCUGUCCCUGGGGAGGAAGAAGGUCUUCAAUUUCAUGUCUGAAAAUGUCCUGCUCCUUGUUUUCGUUUCACUUCCUGGAGGCAAGGUGGGAAAGUCAAAUGGGUGUGGCCAGCCUUUGCUGAUCCACCCAAAGUCCGGAAAGAGGUGGGAACAAAAGGCGGGAACAGCCGGGUGACUGGGCCGAGCAGAGGCAGGUGGAGAAAAGCUAGCGUUGAUGGCUAGGACGGUGCGAGGGAGGAGCGCCCCCUGCUGCUCAAGCGCUGCUUCGCGCCGUCCCCGAAGCCUCGAGCUAUCCCCGCCUCCCACCGCUGCGAGGUUUGUCCAGAGGAAAAUACCCUGAUCUGGAGACAUUCUUUCCUUAGUGUUGUCUUGUGAGCUACAGUCGUUCGCUUCCUUCCGGAUACCAGUCAGGUGCUACAAUUCCAGUUUGACAGAUAAAACAGGCGUGGAAAGGCCAUGGAUUUCAGAAUUGCCGAUAGGAGAUCCAAACUGGCUAGUCUAUAACUGUCCCAGAUUCCACGGCAGCAUGUUGAACCAUAUUUCACCGCCGACUCUGUUGAUAAAAACAAAAGAAUAUCAGCAAUUUCUAAAGACUGAACUUAGAGCCUUGUCAUUGUACGUACAUCCCCAGCCUUAUAUAUAUACUGGGGAUCAAAUCCAAGGAUGCUGUACCCCUGAACCAUAUUUCCCAAGCUAUUUAUUUAUUUUUGAGACAGGUGUUGCUACAUUAACCAGGUGGUACUGAAACUUGCAAUCCAACCUGAUUCAGCCUCCCGGAGUGUUGGGAUUACAGGUGUGCACCACUGCCUGGCUGGCAGUUUCCUGUGGUGCAACUUAAUAUGCGUGGCAAACAGGUGCCCAAAGCUUCCCAUCCAUUUACCCCACACACCCUUGCCCUGCAGGAGCUGACCUCAGACCCAGGCUUCCUUACCAUGGUAUUAAGUGCUUUGGGUGGCUUCUUGCUGCUGCUGGGCCUAGCUUCCCGUGAGCAGCGACUGCAGCGCUGGACACGACCUCUGUCCGGCCUCGUGUGGGCUGCACUGCUGGCUCUAGGCCAGGGCUUCCUGUUCACUGGGGGUGUCGUGAGCGCCUGGGACCAGGUGUCCUUUUUCCUCUUCAUCAUCUUCACCGUGUAUGCCAUGCUGCCCCUGGCCAUGUGGGAGGCUGCCGCCGCAGGCCUUACCUCUUCCCUCUCCCACUUGCUGGUCCUCGGGCUGUACCUUGGGCCACAGCCAGACUCCCAACCUGCACUGCUGCCACAGUUGGCAGCAAACGCAGUGCUCUUCCUGUGUGGGAAUGUGGUGGGGGCAUACCACAAGGCGCUGAUGGAGCGUGCGCUGCGGGCCACCUUCCGGGAGGCACUCAGCUCCCUGCACUCUCGGCGGAGACUGGACACAGAGAAGAAGCACCAGGAACACCUUCUCUUGUCCAUCCUUCCUGCCUACCUGGCCCGAGAGAUGAAAGCAGAGAUCAUGGCACGGCUGCAGGCUGGACAGGGGUCACAGCCAGAGAACACCAAUAACUUCCACAGCCUCUAUGUGAAGAGACACCAAGGAGUCAGUGUAUUGUAUGCUGACAUCGUGGGCUUCACGCGGCUGGCCAGUGAGUGCUCCCCUAAAGAGCUGGUGCUCAUGCUCAAUGAGCUCUUUGGCAAGUUCGACCAGAUCGCCAAGGAGCACGAAUGCAUGCGGAUCAAAAUCCUGGGGGACUGUUACUACUGCGUCUCCGGGCUGCCACUCUCACUGCCAGACCACGCCAUCAACUGCGUGCGCAUGGGGCUGGACAUGUGCCGGGCCAUCAGGAAACUGCGGGCAGCCACUGGUGUGGACAUCAACAUGCGUGUGGGCGUGCACUCUGGCAGUGUGCUCUGUGGAGUCAUCGGGCUGCAGAAGUGGCAGUAUGAUGUCUGGUCCCAUGAUGUCACACUGGCCAACCACAUGGAGGCGAGCGGUGUGCCAGGCCGGGUGCACAUCACAGGGGCUACCCUGGCCCUGCUGGCAGGGGCCUAUGCUGUGGAGGAUGCAGCCACGGAACACCGAGACCCAUACCUUCGGGAGCUAGGAGAGCCUACAUACCUGGUCAUUGAUCCUCGGGCUGAGGAAGAGGAUGAGAAGGGCACCACAGGAGGGUUACUGUUCUCUCUGGAGGGACACAAGAUGCGCCCAUCACUGCUGAUGACCCGCUACUUGGAGUCCUGGGGUGCAGCCAAGCCUUUUGCCCACCUGAGCCACAUAGACAGCCCUGUGUCCACCUCCACUCCUCUCCCAGAGAAGGCCCUGGCCUCCUUCAGCCCCCAGUGGAGCCUGGACCGGAGCCGGACCCCCCGGGGACUAGAUGAUGAGCUGGACACUGGGGAUGCCAAGUUCUUCCAGGUCAUCGAACAGCUCAACUCUCAGAAACAGUGGAAGCAGUCGAAGGACUUCAACUUACUGACACUGUACUUCAGAGAGAAGGAGAUGGAGAAACAGUAUCGGUUCUCUUCACUCCCCGCCUUCAAAUACUAUACAGCCUGCGCCUUCUUGGUUUUUCUGUCCAACUUCAUCAUCCAAAUGCUGGUGACAAACAGGCCCCCAGCUCUGGCCUUUACUUACAGCAUCACCUUCCUCCUCUUCCUUCUCCUUCUCUUCGUCUGCUUCUCAGAGCACCUGACGUGGUGUGUCCAGAAAGGCCCCAAGAUGCUGCACUGGCUGCCUGCACUGUCUGGCCUAGUGGCCACACAGCCUGGACUGCGAGUAGCCCUGGGCACUGCUACCAUCCUCCUCGUCUUCACCAUGGCCAUUGCCAGCCUGUUCUUCUUACCAGCAUCAACAGACUGCCCUUACCAGGGCCCCAGUGUGUCCUCCAUGGAUUUCAACCUGUCCUGGGAGCUGCCUGGGUCACUGCCUCUCAUCAGUGUCGCGUACUCCAUGCACUGCUGUGUGCUGGGUUUCCUCUCCUGCUCCCUCUUUCUGCACAUGAGCUUUGAGUUGAAGCUGGUGCUGCUCCUGCUGUGGCUGGCGGCCUCCUGCUCUGUCUUCCUGCACUCCCACGCCUGGCUGUCAGACUGCCUCAUUUCCCGCCUCUAUCCAGGUCCCUUGGAUUCCAGGCCAGGAGUGCUGAAGGAACCCAAGUUGAUGGGUGCUAUGUCCUUCUUCAUCUUCUUCUUCACCCUCCUGGUCCUGGCUCGGCAGAAUGAAUAUUACUGCCGCCUGGACUUCCUGUGGAAGAAGAAACUGAGGCAGGAGCGGGAGGAGACAGAGACAAUGGAGAAUCUGACCCGGCUGCUCUUGGAGAAUGUGCUCCCUGCGCACGUGGCCCCACAGUUCAUCGGCCAGAACCGGCGCAAUGAGGACCUCUACCACCAGUCCUAUGAGUGUGUUUGCGUGCUCUUUGCCUCAGUCCCAGACUUUAAGGAGUUUUAUUCUGAAUCCAACAUCAACCAUGAGGGGUUAGAGUGUCUGCGGCUGCUCAAUGAGAUAAUUGCUGAUUUUGAUGAGCUGCUAUCCAAGCCCAAGUUCAGUGGAGUAGAGAAGAUCAAAACUAUUGGCAGUACCUACAUGGCAGCCACAGGUUUAAAUGCCACCUCUGGACAAGACGCACAACAGGAUGUUGAGCGGAGCUGCAGCCACCUUGGCACCAUGGUGGAAUUUGCAGUGGCCCUGGGGUCUAAGCUGGAUGUCAUUAACAAGCACUCAUUCAACAACUUCCGCCUGCGUGUGGGGUUGAAUCAUGGACCAGUAGUGGCCGGAGUGAUCGGGGCCCAGAAGCCACAAUAUGAUAUCUGGGGCAACACAGUGAAUGUGGCCAGUCGCAUGGAGAGCACAGGAGUCCUUGGCAAGAUCCAAGUAACUGAGGAGACAGCCCAGGCCCUGCAGUCCUUGGGCUAUACAUGCUAUAGUCGGGGUGUCAUCAAGGUCAAAGGCAAAGGACAGCUCUGCACCUACUUCUUGAACACAGACUUGACAAGAACUGGACCUCCUUCAGCCACCCUAGGCUGAGUCCCCCAUCCCACACAAAGUCCUCUGGGAUGUCUGGAGCCAACUGAUGUCAGAAGCUGCUGAUGUAGGUGGGAAUCACCACCUCCUGGCCCCUCAAUAGGAUGGUUUCUUCCCAUGUCAAACUGAGUGUGGAUGUGCAUGCACGUGUGUGUGUGUGUGUGUGUGUGUGUGUGUGUUGCGAGUGAUUCUUUUCACAAGCUUAGAGGAGGGCUGCCUGAGCCUCCCUGCCUACCUCCUAACUUGAUUCCAGUAUGAUGCAUACCUUAGAAUCCUACAGAAUUUUAGCCAUGUAACUCAAAACAAGGAGGUGUCCUUCCUGUCCCCUAUCCACAAAUACUAGAAGAAAUCUCCAGAAAUAUCAUUUGACCUUAUUCAAACACUAAAUAAGCACCUGUUAUGUGCUUACCAUGGAGAAUGAGUGAGUAUCCUUGGAAAUAAACUAUUAUAUUUCU